AUGAUGGGAUGGAUGGGUGGUCAAAAUGACCAUGGCGCAGACUCCAAGGUUAUGGAGCCUCCAGAAACCCCUGCGCCCAUGUUCGCGCUCCGCGCAUUCCAAAGUGCUCUUUUUGGAACGCCAAAGGCCAAUGAUGACGACAAUACCAAGUCUCACCUGAAAACAAACGGACAAGACAACAAUCGGCAAUUUAACAAAGACAACACUACACAGAAACCACCAGAGGAAAGGGAGGAUAUUCCCAGGGUCACCCCAGCGGAUACGGAUCUGGCUACGAACACGAUGGCAUCCCCGACAAAAAGUAUCCUUAUGACUCCUGGCACGGCAUCGAAUCGGCGGAAAACUGUCUCCUUCGGACACGGUGUUGUCGACAAUGAGCGCAAGCGUGAGGACACUUCGAGCAAACCCAUCAAAACCCCAACAACGUUAUCCGGAAAUAUCAGCAGUCAGUGGUCAUCAGGCUUAUCGGAAGGGAAGAGAAGCAAACUUACCCAGGCCCUGAUGGAUUCACGAGAAAAGCCCGCCAAAUCCUCUGAAACCCCAUCUCAAAAGCCGGAUCACAGUCGUCCAGCAAAAGCCGAUUCUAAGCCCGAAGCAGCAGACGCGCAAGGGGAUGACGGUGAAGAUACAAUCAACAUGGAUGAACCACGCUCUCAAUCUGGCAAAUACUGGAAGGCGGAAUUUGACAGCUACAAAUCCAAGACUGCACUAGAAAUCAGGAGGCUCAUUCAGUAUCGUUCGGCGGCGAAAACAUACGCGAAAAAGAAAGAUGAGGAGGCUUACCGUCUAGCUUCAAAGUUGAAAGAGGGAGAGCUAAAAGUCGAAGAGAUGGAGCGUCAUGUAACGCAACUUGCUUCCACGAUGGUUACCGAGAACACGCGGGCUGAUAAGGAGCAACUCGUCCACAACCUCACAAAGCAAACAGCUCUGGCGCUUCAAUACAAACACAAGGUCAGCUUACUGCGUAAGGCUUUGGAGGAACACGGCGUCGUCGGCGAAGAAGUUGAGGAUAUUGCUGGGCAGGAGGAACCUAAUUUCACUUCAAAGGAGGAAUCGGAAACUUUGCAAAAGUCUCAGCAGUCUUUGGCCCAGGCGAAGGCCAAAAUGAAGGAAAUGAAACAACAGCAGUCGGAGUUUGAAGAGCUUAGAGACCUCGCCCUCAGUUCUGAGCAGAAGGCCUCAUAUUUGAAGAAGGAAAAUGACAAUCUCAAACAUACACUGGCCCGUUCCAAACAAGAAGUAUCGAAAUACGAAAGUCGACGCAAGGAAAGGGAAGCGAAGCUGAAACAACGUGAAGCUAAACUGGAGGCGCGAAUUCAAGAGUAUCGUGAACGGCUGAAAUCGACGUCACAGCAGCAUCGAGAGCAAGAAGAUUACAUGAGACUCUCAUUCGAUGAAGAGCGCCGCUAUAUGCAGGAACAAAUCGAUGUGUUGCAAACAAAGCUACGAGCUUUCGAGAGUGCAACAGAGAUUAGAGCGCGAGCUCGGCCAGAAAGCCGCAGAGAUUACCAUGGGGUCCAGGUACAGGACUUCGGCGUCUCCAGUCCUCAGAAGGACGGCCUUGAAGAGACAGAUGAGAUUGAUCAACCACCUAGUCCGAGCCCUCGCGGCAAGGAUCGCCGCGUCUAUGGAUUGGAGAGCGACCUCGCAGACUCAGAUUUGCGGAGGGCAAUGAAGGAGAUGGGCAUUGAAGAUAUCGAUGAAAAAUUCAACAAUCUCGGAAUGUCCCCUCUCAAAGCAUAUAAGGCUCCUCGUUAUCAAGAGGACACCGAUAUUAUCCCAUCUUCGCCUCCCGAGAACCCGACAAUCGAGACUGGUACAUGGUCAGAUGCGAACCGUCGACGCACUCAAGAUCAUCGUCUUUCACACCAACCCUCACAUGCAACCACUUCUCUUCCUAGUCGUCGACUACAUCUAGACGAUAGUCAUCAGCUGCGUCCUGAGCGUCUCCGAUCCCGACGAUCGGCUACUAAAUAUAGUCUCGACGCUUUGUCUUCACUGCCAGACGCGUACCUUAUCGACCGUGCGAAGAGGCGACAAACCGUUUCUACAGGACAACGCGAUCCAUUAUCUAUGGAGCGGAAAAUGGCGGCCCAGGCGCGCCUUAAGCGAAAGGGCGACAGUAAGGGUAGAGAGGAAGGCAAAGAGAACAUACGAACAAGUGUCAGAAAUUAA